CACCCGCUGAAAUUCAAUGCAAGCAAUUUUGAGCUGAAAUUUCUGCAUCAUUUGCGCUGAAAGCUGGGGUCGUGCUGUGAAACAUCAAAGAACUCACCUUUUCAACUCACCUGUUUGGGGUUCCCUGCCUUUAAGAGUACAACAUAGAGACGCAAAUGUAAGCCCCAAUAAAACAAGCCCCUGGCCGGAAGUUCAGACCCUCUUCAGACCCGCUCGCAGGAUGAGUCUGCUGCUAGAUUUACCAGCGUGCUGAAAAAUUUGGUGACCACCAUUCCCAGUAAAAUUCUGCUGCAGCCGUGCACCGAAAAAUUCAGCGGCCACCAUGCGCUGAAUUUGGCGCAUGCGAAAUUACGCCAGGCUGCGACUUGUGCUGAAAUUUUUGACGCAAUUCUGCCAUUACUCCGAACAUAUUUGGCAUGUGUAUUUUUUUUCAGUCUGGGCGUGGCGCAGCCAGAGCAGCUCUGCGCUCCAAGGUCCUGUGGUGGUGAGCGUCUCGCCUCACCAGAGGUGGACUGGCGAUGGAUGCCAAGAUGCCAGCUUUCAAACACCAGGUCCCAGAAUCAAUGUGUCUCCGGAAUGGCACGACAGAAAGUCCGACCCGCCUACGAGCUGCUGUCUGCUUCGUGCGGUCUGGCCGCACAGACGUACUCGGUGCAUGCCCGGAAAGGAGAAAGAGACAGCCUUCCUCUUCACCAUUGACAGCGGCAUGGACGUCCUCAACAGCGGCCAUCCGAGGGACGCCAAAACACUGCGGAGAGGCUGCUCCGGCACUCCCGGGCAGGAGGACGCCCUCUCUAAGCUGGUGGAAGAGGUGGAGGGACUGCGCUUCGGCUCAGCUGGUCACCUCCUCCCGUUCCAGAAGGGUCUAGUAGUGACAGUGAAGGUGGAGCGGGGCCCCAACCCCACGACGACAGAGGUGAAGGGGCGCCUCCGCCUGUUCACUCUGAUCCAGCUUGCGCGUCACGGGCCCACGGCGUGCAGAUUAAGAGUCGCUCACCCGCGGCGCUCCCGGUACCAGCGGCGGAGGCGGAGGCGGGGGCAGAGCCGGGGGCAGAGCCGGAGGCAGACGAGGACCAAGCCGACCAGGCGCAGAUGGUGUGCUGGAGGCGGUAUGCCCUGAGCCGCCCCAAGAAGUUCCUGAGGGGACGGAGAGCCUGGAGCCCGUUCCUGACGAGCCAGCCCCGGACGCAGAGGAGGAGGCGGAGCAGGAGAGGGCGCAGCUACUGCGAAAGGCCGAGACAGUGCAUAUACCGCCUGCGCCCUCAGCGGCGUUGGACGCUGAGAUUGGUGUGCCGGCCACCGAAGGUGCAAUGGCGCAUCUGGCCGGCUACAUCGCCAGAAAAUGCGGCCCCAGCUUCGGCGCGCUGGCGAUGGCAUCUGAGGACGCGCCAGUUCAGACGCUCUGGACUCGACUGCGCAGCGCGGCCGGCGGACUCACGAUCCCCUCCCAGCCCUGCUUAGACCUGUUUAAUCAGCUCGAGGCGGAGUUCAUAUAUGUUUCACGUGUUCGCUGAAGUGUCUUGAAAAUGCUUAAAUGUGUGCCAUUCGUGAUUUGCCUGAUGAUGCAGUACAAGUACUGUGAAACGCGUUGCAGUUAAUAUAGCUGAUGAUAUGUAAAUGCAGUCUACAUCCAUAUCGUGCUCAAAUAAUGUAGCGCACAAGCUACCCUGAGGUAGGCUUUGAAUUCACCGAAUUUUCCAGUCGACUGUUCAGAUGGAAAUCAACUUAAGUACCCUGGUAUGCUGAAUAUGUUUUCGUAUUGUUACAUAGCGUACCGUCGGACAGAAUGGAGUGCUAUGCUGCUGUGACAUUCAUCGAACCUCCCGUUUGUGCAUGUGUGCACUUUCACAUAUCGUGCUAUCUGAAAUUGAAUCGACCUAUGCCGCUGUGCCGCUGCCUGGGUUGCCGGCGACAGCGGCGGGGCGCAUCUGAUCGGCACAAUGUUACAGAUCAGGAUCCGUCCUGUCUGGAGGUAGUCGGACCGGUGUUUGUCUAGCCAGAUGUACUCCAUCGUAUCACUGAUGUUCAUCUGUAAGGCUGUGUUCUUGCCUAAUGCUGCUUCCACCCAUUCAGUCAGUUUUGAAUUGUAAUAGAGGAAGCCAGAUGUCAUAGAUGUCUUCGUUUAAGGGAUUGUUUUCGCAUGUCAUGCAUCGGAAAUACAAUCAAAAUAGAAUUAAUUGAUGAUCAGCUAUGCAACCGCAAAUCAGCAGCAUCGAAUCUAUGUACAGCAUUGUUAUGCACUUCUACAACCGAAGUGAUCCGACGAAACACCAGCGACCAUCAGCCAAAAUAUAACUUUUAUGCCCUGGAACCACAA